CACGCACUUCACUCUCACUACCUCCGCAAUCACCGCUUGCUCCCACAAAAAAAGCCCACACUCUGCCACCAUGGGUCGCCGCAAGUUUAUCGACAAGAAGAACGCCCAAAACUUCCAGCUCGUCUACCGCGCGCAAAACGACCCACGCAUCCACGAUGUCGACGCCUCGGACAUGGUCUUCGCCGAAGUCGCGGCGCCCAACACGCACAAGGGCGGCGCCCACAAGAUCCGCACGCGCCACGACCUGGAGGAGCAGCUGAGCGACGCGGGCUCGGGCGCCGUGCGCCGCAACGAGGGCGAGGCCGCAAACUACGGCAUCUACUACGACGACUCGCAGUACGACUACAUGCAGCACAUGCGCGACCUGGGCGCCAGCAGCGGCGCGACGUGGGUGCCGGCGCGGUCCAAGGAGCCCGAGAAGGGCAAGGCCAAGUUCCGCCUCGAGGACGCCCUGCGCGGCAUGAGCGUCGGCGACGACGGCCAGAGCGAGGCCGGCAGCAUGGCGAGCACCACGUCGGCCGCCGCGUCCGACCUAUUCGGCGAGGACAUGGCGCCCAGCGAGUUUGUGCGCCGCACCACCUACCAGGACCAGCAGGACGUGCCCGACGCCAUUGCCGGCUUCCAGCCCGACAUGGACCCGCGCCUGCGCGAGGUGCUGGAGGCCCUCGAAGACGACGCUUACGUCGAGGACGAAGACGACAUCUUCAACGCGCUGGCUGAGGACGGCCACGAGGUCGACCCCUCGACGUGGGAGGCCCUGGGCGAUCGCGGCUUCGACUUCGAUGACGACGACGAGGACGCUGCCGGCUGGGAGACUGACGACACGAUCAAGCCGGAGCGCGAGACGCGGGGGUCGCCGACAUCGGCCGGCGGCGCCGUCGAGGCCGACAGCAGCAACAGCACGGGCAACAACGACGGCGGCGCAGCGCUCCCGGCGGCCGACGCGCCCGUUCCCGACGCGCACCCCGCGACCCACGGCGACGGGGACUGGAUGGCCGAGUUCAGCAAGUUCAAAAAAGACGCCAAAGCGAGCAAAGCCGCAGGGGGGGCCAAGGCCGUGCCCUCAGAGCUGCAAUCCUACGUCACGGGCGCAUCUUCGCUGGCGGGCGGCCGCCGCAAGAAGCGCAAAGGCGCCCUCACCAGCACAAGCAACUACUCGAUGACGUCGUCCGCACUCUUCCGCACCGACCAGCAAUCCCUGCUCGACGAGCGCUUCGACCGCAUCGAGGAGGAGUACGCCAACGACGACUACGCCGCCGACGACAACAUGUCGCUCGCGUCGGGCAUGACGGGGCUGUCGCGCGCGAGCGGCAUCAGCGCGUAUAGCUCUGCGAGUAAAAGCGGUGAUGCCCCUGCACUGAGAGAGGAUUUCGACUCCAUUCUUGAUGAGUUUUCGUCUGCUUGGAUGAGCAGCGGUAAGAGGGGCCGCAAGGAAAAUGGCUAUAAGGAUGGCUUGGCUCAGCUGGAUGCUGUGAGGAAGGGUCUGGGUCCGGCACGGUUUAGUGCGAAGGGCGCGGAGGGGAAGGGGAGGGCGCGUUGAGCGGUGGGAGUGGCUGUGGAGCGGCUAUGUCAUUUCUGUCGUGGCUGUCGUGACUGCAUCGUUGCUGUGUCAUACCUCUGUCGUUGCUAUAUCAUAGCUAUGUCAUAGUCGGAGGACACAUCAAGCCCGCAAGCGAAGGUAUGAGGAGGGGCGAGUAGGAUGGAGUGGGGUGGGUGAUGGGUGGGUAAGAGGGACAAAGAGACACAGAAGCAGACGAAGAGGGUCAGACAGUGAGGACAUCAGUCCGGGUGUUCAGGCGUACAAAAAAAUCGGCGUAAGUAGGUAGUAUCCAUCCGGUAGGGUAUGUAUGUAGGCGCUAGGCCAGGGGGUUCUCGGAUUCUAGAGUCUAUUCAUGUGCGUUGGGUGGGUUUUCAUAGAUAGAUACUUGGUCAAGAUAUGUUAUGGUAUGGUAUGGUAUGUCGUUGUGUUUGGGUUUUGAUUUUGGGUUUUAAGGUGUGUGGUGGUUGUGUGUGUGUGUGUGUGUGUGUGU